UUCAAGUGAGGCUGGACCACCAGUAAAAAAUCAGUUUACUGCUCUGGGGCUCCAAAUACCCAGGUGCCCAAACACGCCACAUUCACUGGCAGUUACAACUUUGGACCAUCAAAAUGUGUGAUGUGUUUCCUCACAUCCAUGAUCACAACUCCUGGAGGACAAAGCCCAGUAGGAGCGAGAGCAGCUCCAACACCAACAGGGUCUUCGUGCACCGCCUGGAUGGUGAUGUGUUGUUUUGCUGACUGUGCGUUUGGUUGAGUGAUGAGUAAGUUUGAUGUGUCGCUGCUGUUCAGAAACCGACAUGGUUGUAUGAGGAGAGCUGUGGAUAGAAGCGUGGAAGAGUGGAGUGAAGUCACCACAGGCACUCGAUACUGGCGUGCUAUACUUCAGCUAAACCACUGGUAUCCAACCAGCAUUGCAACAUGCAAAUCGAGCAGGUGUCACCAGGGAGGGACUGCGGUGGAAACAUGUUGAGAAUAACUCCCAUGUGGCGAAUAAAAAGCUCUUCAGCUUCACUGAGAGGAAGAUGCAGACUCUCCCGUGUCAGAGAAAGACACCGCCGGGCUGUUAAAUGGCGAGGUCAGACUGGCAACCCGCUGCUGUGUUUCUCAGGGAUGUAAAAGUUACGGUGUAAUAAAAAAAUGUGACUUUAAAAGUUUUCUGAGAAGCGGGAAAAAGAGCGACGUUGCGACUGAGAGCGGCUUUCUCUCCCAGAUGGAGACAGACCUGAGGCUGGAGUCAAGUCUGUGGGUCGGGAGUAAGAGACACCGGGCAGUGCUGACAGGCUGGUAUUUCAACUGGACCGAGGUAGAUAAGAAGAAUCGCGAUAAGAAAACAAUCUCAGUACCUGUGGCGGAGGUGGUUGGAGUGGAGGAGGGCCGGGUGGAGAUCCUGCCCCAGAAAUCGGUUGAGGAUAAAGACAAAGACUUCACAGUUUUCUAUGUGAAGCGCAGCAGCAGUGGGGGAUCUUCUGGGUUGCUAUGGAGACUGGGCCGGACCCAGUUCAGCUGCCCCAGUCGGGUCCUCAGAGACCAGUGGACGAAACAUCUAAGGACUGCUCUAAAAACGCACAGUCCAUUGCGCCCACACAGACUGUUGGUGUUUAUCAACCCCUUUGGAGGGAAGAAGAAGGGAAGAAAGAUCUACCAUUCUCUGGUUGCCCCUCUGUUUGAGCUGGCUGGUAUCAGCUCUCAUGUGAUAGUGACUGAGCGGGCAAACCAGGCCAGAGACCACCUCCUGAAGAAAGACCUGACGGGCUUUGACGGUGUGGUGUGUGUGGGCGGGGAUGGCAUGUUCAGUGAAGUGCUUCACGGUUUGAUCGGGCGGACUCAACAAGAGGCAGGCCUUUGUGAGCACGAUCCCGCUGUCACUUUGCAGCCUUGCCCGCUUCAUAUUGGCAUCAUUCCUGCAGGAUCUACAGACUGUGUGUGCUAUGCCACAGUGGGAGUGAUCGACCCUGUCACUUCAGCUUUGCACAUUGUCAUUGGAGACUCUCAGCCUUUGGAUGUGUGUUCAGUUCAUCAUGCCUCUACUCUGGUGCGCUACUCUGUGUCUCUGGUGGGCUAUGGCUUCUACGGGGACGUACUGGCAGAGAGUGAAAAGCACCGCUGGAUGGGACCUCUCAGAUAUGACUAUUCAGGCACGAUGGUGUACCUGAGCAACAGAAGCUAUGCAGGCAUAGUUCAGUAUCUGCCCGCAGACCCGCUGCUCUCCAGCCCCAGAGAUAAAACACGCUGCCUCUCAGGGUGCAGUGUGUGCUCCAGAAGCACAGAAAGACUUUUCCCCCACGCCGCAGAUUCAGGAUCCCUGUACAGCUCCCACCUCAGCCAGUUCAGUAGUGACUCAGAAGGCGAGUGGGUGAGUGUGGAGGGCAGGUUCAGGUGUGUGUCUCUCACUUGUAUGUCCAGCUCAUGUCCCAGGAGUCCUCUGGGCCUCUCUCCCUCUGCUCACCUGGCGGACGGAACAGGGGACCUCAUCCUGGUAUGGGACACUCACCCGCUGGGCUUCCUCAAGUUCCUCUAUAGGCACACGAGCACACAGGACCAGUUUGACCUGCCGUUUGUGGAGGUCCACAGAGUGAAGGCUGUUCGUUUCUCCGUCCCCUCCGGCAAAGAGGAGGAAGCGUAUGAAGAGAUUGUGGGGCAGAGCGGUGGGAUAGAGGAAGAGGAGAGAGGUGACGUGGAGACUGUAAGCAGGAGCGGCUCUCAGCAGCACCUGGCGGAGAGAGGCACGGGGCGACAGAUGACAAACGAGCAGAAAACGGCGAAUCCCUUUCUGUGCGGCCUGUGCUGCAGUAAAUCUCCCUCUGUGUCGGUGUGGAACUGUGACGGAGAGAUUCUGCCUUUCACCGAGAUCCUCUGCAGGAUUCAUGGCCAGCUGGUGCGUCUGUAUGCCAGGGGCAUCGAGGAUGGCACAGCCGCGCAACACUGCAGCGAGGAACGUGACAAGUGUGAAAGGAGAUGCAUCCUACACAAAUAGUCUCACCUAAGAGAGAAAGAGGGAGGCGAGGCUUAGGGUUUGGGAUUUACAGACAUGUGGCCUGUCAUGGCCAAAGAGUUCCUAAUAUUUAAGGUACUUUCAUAGGUUUUUCUCAUUGCAAUGAUGAAGAAAGAUUAUUUAUUCUUAAAUCAGUGUGUGUGUGUUCAAUACUACUCCUUCAAACACUAUAAAAACUUACCUGAAGUGCAGGUUUUUUUUUACUUAUUCAGUCCAGCACUGUGUACAUUGUGUGUAUGCAGCUUUUUUUAUGUACAUUUUAUUCAUUUUCACUUGAGGUUCUAGAGAAUAAAAUCAUGGUAAAUGACACACAAAAAGUGUCUUUAUACAAUAAAAAGACUGAUCUGACUCUUUUUAUGCUUUAUUGUUGCCAGCAUUAGAUUUAUCAGCACAAACAGCUUCCUUUGUUUUGGACAUAAACACGUGUGCAGUAGUUUUUUUUUUUUUUUUAGUGUCAUCCAAACUAAACUGAAACUCCAUUAUUUGAUUACUGCCUACAGUGAAUGAAAGAGCACACAGAAGAACAAAUGCAAUAGUUUCAGAGAAGUUGUUUAAACAAAUGUUCUUCUUUGCUCCACUUCCCAUGGCCCUCCAGGUCCUGGCAGGAUGGAGUAGUUUAUGAUUGAUCAGAGUGAGCGUUUGUGUGCGUGUGUGUGUGUGUGUGUGUGUGUGUGUGUGUGUGUGUGUUUUCCCAGCUAGGCCGCGCACCUGGUAGAGACAGACAUAUGUGGUAAGAAACAGUCUGCUUCAGGAAGUUGAAGGCAAUUUAGUUGAAAAGCAAACUGAAGUUGAGACGUUGACAGACAUUGUGAGAGAUGAAUCUUUACAAAAUGUUAUUAACAGUUAUCCACAGUUUUCUUUUUUUAAAUUUGAUUUUAGCGCAAAACCCUUACCUGGAAGUCGUUCUCAACUGAGACGGGACAUUUAAACGUGCCUCCCUCACAACUGACUGUGAUUAAGAGAUCCACCUGUUCAAACCAGACCAACAAGCCCUCCUGGUGUAAACACUACCUGGUGUGGCAGCUUUAUGCGCAUAGCGCUCAGUGUCAUGGUUUAGUGAUGACUAUAAACACUGACCUGCUGAUUGCACAUAACAAACUGAUACUCUUAACAUUCAAGUGAGUUUAAAUAUUGAUCCUUCACUCACUGGAUCUAACAA